UAAGACAUCUACCAGUAUGAAGGCAACAGUUGCAGUGUUCGUUCUUUUGGCAGCUUUCGCGUACGCCGGAAAAAUAAAUUAUGCUCAGAGAUAUUUGGAACAAAUCGAGACUGUUAGGAAGGAAUGUUUCGAUCAAGAGAAUGUGCAUCACAAGCACUUGCACAGUCUCGACGACAGUGAUAAGAUACCACCAUUCGAAGACCUCAGGUGUCACACCUUGUGCACAGUAAUCAAAUUCCAAUUGAUCGAUAACGAACUUCAAUUCUUACCUGGGGCCUACAAGAACCUUUUCGAUGACAUGGAGCAUUGGGGAAAGGUCCAAAAGGCUUUAUAUAAAUGUCUGCCCAAUGACAUGAAAUUGAGAACAUGCGAGAAUGCAUAUGAUUUGCAACUUUGCAUUUACAAAAACAUCUAAUAACACAA